CAUGCAUCACAACAGAUUUGUUCAGCCACUGAUCUAUAUAUUAAACUGAUAUGUCUAUAUAUACACUGAUCUACAAAUAGUAAGGGCCUGCGGAGGAGGCAGGUGGCGUGAUGUGAAUGGUGGCAAGUCAUUAGGGAAGUUAUGGCACUGCCUCAUUCAGAUUUAGAUUCAGAUAUAAGUCCGUUGGUUAGCGACGACGAAGAUGAAGACAACAUUUUUUCACGAUCAUGGAACGACAGCGAUGUAGUCUUAGUACUUGGAAAGGAAAAAUUUCAUGUCCAUCGUUGUAUUUUGUCACUGCAGUCUCCGGUGUUCAAGGCGAUGUUGAACGGCAAUUUCAAGGAUGCUAAACAAGAUGAGGUCGAGCUAAAAGGUGAUAAAUAUGAAGCGAUGGUGCAAUUCCUUAAACUAUUGUACCCAAAAAACAUGCUCAAUGAAGAUAAUGGCAGAGUAAAAAUCAACGAUGAAAAUGUCUUCGAGAUUCUCGAGGUCGCAGAUAAAUACGCAGCAAUAAAUGUCAUAAAGCAAUGUAUGAGGAAACCCGAGCGGCUUAAACCGGAGAAUGCGAUGGGUAUCCUUCCUUAUGCUGCAAGACAUGAAUUACCAGUUGAAAUUCUUGAAAAUAUAUUUGAUAUCAUUGCUCGGCGUAUAUCAAUCAAGGAGCUAGAAAAUUUUGCACCGCAACUCAGCAACGACACUGUUUAUAAACAAUGUUUGGUUGGGAAGUGUCGCUAUCUAGAGAAACGUUUUCCGCGGAACUGGAAAAGUUAAGAUUUGAUGCAACCAACUAGGAAGGAAUCGAAAAUAUUCGCGUCCGUGUUGUAUCGGAUAUACAAACUCGAGCCGAAGAGUUUGUAUAUCCGAUAUUACGAAAAUCACCGAACUGUGGAAUCGCAUAAAAAAUUCGUAUAUCGACCACUCCCACAAACGUCUACGACCACGCCUACAUUCGACUACGUAGUUUUGCAUGUUUACAAUUCUAAUUUUGAACAGCCAAUCAGGUUCUUGGUAAUUGGCUGUUUAAAAUUAGAAUUGUAAACGUGCAAAACUAUGUAGGCGCGGUCGUAGACGUUUGUGGGAGUGGUCGAUAUACGAAUUUUUGAUGCGAUUCCACAGUUCGGUGACUUUCGUAAUACAACACGGCCGCUCAUGUUGUAAACAUUACUUACUCCACCUUAAAUUUCGCAAUGUAAACAAACCGCUUUGAUACAUGAUACAGUAUACUAACUGAAUAUCUAACACUUUUCUGGUUCGCUGUGCUUGUAAAUGAAUAUAAACUCUACCGUUUUAAUUCAAAAAAGUUCGAAAGAUGCAAAAUUAGGGCAAUGUUAUGUCUGCGGGUCCCCCUUUGUUGUGAGCAGAACUGAUGUGCAGAACGGACUGUAGCUCAAGUAUACUGAUACGCAGAACAGACUGUAGGCUGUAGCUCAAAUACUUGUCAAAUGAGCUACAGUCUGUUCUGCGCAUCAGUACUUGAGCUACAGUCCGUUCUGCGCAUCAGUUCUGCUCACAACAAAGAAAAAAAAUGAAGUAAGAAAGAAUGAUGCAUUAUAAAUGUUCACAUUAUAAACCAACCAACCUCUAUCACUACUUAAAGGCACAGUUCAGCCUUUUGAACGAUGGUUUUUAAGGCGCAUUUCGGCCUUUUUAAUUGAAAAAAGCUAACUAGGAAAAUCAAUUAUACACAAUUCAAGAUAAGUAAACUCAAUGUUUUUAACAAUAAAAAUGUUUUAAAAUACUGUUGGGUAUUGUUUACAUCAGAGGGCCCUCACAUAGCACAUGCGCAGAACAGACUUGAUCUCAUCUUCAAUGUUAAUCCAAACCCUAAUCCUAACAUAAAUCAUAAACCUAACCCAAAAAUCGAGAGUUUGCCUUGUGUUGACAGAUGAUCAGUUAGGUCAUUUCGACACCUUUGCCACUUGUUGACUACUUCCACAGUACAAACACAGAUUGUAUUAUAAUAAGUCUAUAAGCACGUCAGAGAAAUUCUGAUUUUCUAUCGAGGGGAUGCCUCAGUGUGACACUGCUGUCAAAAGGUCUUCAAGUUAAGUGGCAUGCUGAACAAGGAUUAUAUUAGGGGCGGACCAUAAGAAAAGUGAUAGGGGG